AGCGAGAGCAGAGAGAGAGAGCGAGAGCGAGAGCAGAGAGAGAGAGAGAGAGAGAGCGAGAGCGAGCGAGAGAGAGCGAGAGAGAGAGCAGAGAGCGAGAGAGAGAGCAAGAGAGAGAGCGAGAGAGGAGAGCGAGAGAGAGAGCGA